UUGAUGGGCUGCUUGUGUUUUAAACCCGGAACUUUGUCCGUAUAAGUUGGUUUUAAACAACUUGUACUUCUUCGCCAGUUCGUCCUUGGUCUUCAAAGAAUUAUUGAUCAUGAGUUCUAAUAAGGGAAAGACUUUGUAUCAUUACACUGAUAAAGAUGGUGCAGAAGGGAUUCAAAAUAGUGGUGUAAUCAAGGAAUCUCGCCCUGAACGUGCAGACGCAGUUUAUGGUCCAGGUGUCUACCUUACCGAUCUUCCACCAUCGACACCCAACAAUAUACUUCUGGUAAACAACUACGGCAACGCACCGAAAGAAAACGAUGCAAAUAAUGUGUCGCAUGCUGUAGAGAUUAAGGUUCCUCCGAACAAGAUGCAAAAUUUUGAAACUCAAUCCAGUUCACGUCAAGUGUACAAGCAUAAGGGAGACCUUCAUUUGAAAGAUUACGAUGGAAAAGUCUAUAAGAGAUAAAACCACCACAGACUCUCAGACCAAAUGCCAAGAAAGUCAUAAUUAAAUUGUUUCAAAGCUAUUGUAUAGAUGACUAGAUAUCACAGUUAUUAUUUUCACUAGUUAAAAUAACACAUUCGGGGUUUCUCUAUAUUCUCUAUAUAGUGGAAGUAAGAAAAAAGCUACGCUCACUCGUGUGAGAUCUUUUCAACACUCGAAGAUAAAAUUCGUAUCUCCGCGCGCCCAUGUAAUAUCCUCUGUUUCUUAAUUUUUAAAAUCAUAUUACAGCUGCAGAGCAAGAUUCCMAUUUGAAGAAAAAGCAGAUUCUCAUUACUGUAAAAUAAGUUCUUUUAACAAAAAAAGAGUGCAAGACAUUAUUUUCCUUUGUUUAUAAUUAGUACUGUACACUAGAGUACUUUAAAAAUGAAUGUUUUUGGUGGAGAUCGGGGUGAGGUCAGGACAGUAGCUAGUAAGAGGCCAACCGAGGCACUCGCCUCGGUUGAAAUUUUGCCAAUCGCAAAAUUAAAAUACAAAAGAAAGUGUUCGGCUUCAGUGGUCGUGUUUUCUUUUAAUGUAUUCCUAAUUUCCUAAAUCCCUAAAAAUCAGGACAACGUUUUCGUAAUUAGGUGUAUAUAUAUUAAUCGGCUUGAUAUGAAUGUGAAGACCGCAUCAGUGUAACUAUGAUAAACACGAUAUAGAAAUGAAAGAAAGUUAUAGUGCUUAGAAGGAGGCAAUUCCGGGAGAAAGUCCCUUAGGAAUAAAUUCGGAAAAAUUAAUUUCCGACCUCGCUGGGACUCGAACUCACGACCUUCGGGUUUGUACUACCGAUGCUCUACCAGCUGAGCUACAAGGCCAGACUGGGAGCAGGUCGGGGUGAAAUAGAUGUUAGUUUGCGGUAAUAGAAUAAUGUAAAGAUAUGAAUAUGAAGAUUAUAUUAAUCUUGUACUUAUAAUAGCUUCUUGGUUUCAUAAAUAUAUUGCAUGAUAAAUUCCGGUAACCUGUUGAAUAAAGAGUUACUAAAACGGGAUGAGUGCGUAAGUUAACUACCUUUUAUAUAUGAACCUGUUUACUUCCCAAAAGUAGGUUCUUAUAUGCGGGUUUCUACUGUAUACAGCAAUGAUUCAAUACUUAUUUUAUGUUAUGUUUUUUUUUGUGUGUAUCUUAAUACGUGAAAUAUCGCUAUUACAAAAAAUAAAAUAAAAUACUGAAAUGGAGACGCGUGAGUCAAGAGA